UCUCCCUUUACAGGUCGUGAUGAUCUAUCACCCUCGAGCAGUCUGAAUGGCUUCUCAACCAGCGAUGCUAGUGAUGUUAAGAAAAUCAAAAAAGGUCCUGCGCCCCGUUUACAAGAGGAACUGUGUCUGGUGUGUGGUGAUCGGGCGUCAGGUUACCAUUACAACGCACUCACCUGUGAAGGCUGUAAGGGUUUCUUUCGACGGAGUGUUACCAAAAAUGCGGUGUAUUGUUGUAAAUUUGGUCAUGCCUGCGAAAUGGACAUGUAUAUGAGACGCAAAUGUCAGGAAUGUAGGCUGAAAAAAUGUUUGGCUGUGGGCAUGCGGCCGGAAUGUGUGGUGCCCGAAAACCAGUGUGCAAUGAAACGACGCGAAAAGAAGGCGCAAAAAGAGAAGGAUAAAAUACAGACCAGUGUGUGUGCAACGGAAAUUAAAAAGGAAAUACUCGAUUUAAUGACAUGUGAACCGCCAUCACAUCCAACGUGUCCGCUGUUACCUGAAGACAUUUUGGCUAAAUGUCAAGCUCGUAAUAUACCUCCUUUAUCGUACAAUCAAUUGGCAGUUAUAUAUAAAUUAAUAUGGUAUCAAGAUGGCUACGAACAGCCAUCCGAGGAAGAUCUCAAACGUAUAAUGAGUUCACCCGAUGAAAAUGAAAGUCAACACGAUGUAUCAUUUCGUCAUAUAACGGAAAUCACUAUACUAACAGUACAAUUAAUUGUGGAAUUUGCCAAGGGUUUGCCAGCGUUUACCAAAAUACCACAAGAAGAUCAAAUAACACUAUUAAAGGCCUGCUCAUCAGAAGUUAUGAUGUUGCGAAUGGCACGUCGUUACGAUCACAAUUCAGAUUCGAUAUUCUUUGCCAAUAAUCGAUCGUAUACGCGUGACUCUUAUAAAAUGGCUGGCAUGGCUGAUAAUAUUGAGGAUCUGCUGCAUUUCUGUCGACAAAUGUACUCGAUGAAAGUGGACAAUGUCGAAUAUGCUCUACUCACUGCCAUUGUGAUCUUUUCCGAUCGGCCGGGUCUCGAAGAAGCCGAACUAGUCGAAGCGAUACAAAGUUACUACAUCGAUACACUCCGCAUUUACAUACUUAAUCGCCAUUGCGGCGAUCCCAUGAGUCUCGUAUUCUUUGCCAAGCUUCUGUCAAUUCUAACCGAACUGCGUACGUUGGGCAAUCAAAAUGCCGAAAUGUGUUUCUCGUUGAAAUUGAAAAAUCGCAAACUGCCAAAAUUCCUCGAAGAGAUCUGGGAUGUUCAUGCCAUUCCACCCUCAGUGCAGUCACACAUUCAGGCUACCCAGGCGGAAAAGGCCGCCCAGGAAGCCCAGGCAACAACAUCGGCCAUUUCAGCAGCCGCCACCUCAUCUUCCUCCAUAAAUACCUCGAUGGCAACAUCAUCCUCAUCAUCGUUAUCACCUUCGGCGGGCUCAACGCCUAACGGUGGAGCCGUCGAUUAUGUCGGCACCGAUAUGAGUAUGAGUUUGGUACAAUCGGAUAAUGCAUAGCAAUAGCUAUUAACAACUAUUGCCAACGAUGAGGAGAGUACUGGUGGUGGUGGUAGUGGUAAUGUCGUCCCUGAGGUAAUAGCAGACAAUGAUGAAGACAUUGAUGAUGAUGAUGAUGUUGUUGACAAUGAGAGAGUUGUGUUAUUAGAUACUUCUAGUACAAGUGGCGUUAACUUUGCCCAACAUCAUCAUCAUAAAUUGGAAUAGAAGAGUGAUGAAAAUUAAUAGAAAAUCAAGAGACAGAAACCGCAAGUGACAAAUUAAAACCGAAGAGCAAGAAAACAUAGUUUUGUUCUCUUAUUUUGGUUUUCAACAGAAUUGAGAAUGUAAGACCCAGAGACCAGGAAUAAAAAAAUUAUCGAGUAUUUUUUUUACAAAAAAGGCAUCUAAUUAAAAUAUGGUCGCAGAAUUUUGAAAA